UCAAUGGCUGCGCGCCAGUGGCGACGAACGAACACACCGAAUCCGCCGCCGCGACAUCCGGCAGUCCUAACGGCGAUGGCAUCAAAGACCUCGCCCCGCCCCCUCCCAUGGGCACCGCGCGCCACACGAUUAUCGCACAUUCACGGCCGAGGGAGCGAGCAGCGCCGGCCGCGCCGCGGCACCGCCGGUAGCUCUCGCCUCCCGCCGAUACCAUGGCCAACGCCGCGGUCGACCACGAGAGCAAAAGGGCGCGGUUGACGUCGUCCAUGUCGUCCAUGUCGUCCGUGGACACCAUCCUCCGUCUCCCGCCCUCGCUGCCGUCGACGUCCACAACGCGCGCCCCGGCGGGCCACGCGCUGGAGGAGCCGCCCGCGCGUCGAAGGCCGGCUCGGAGAUCCAAGCCCGUGAGGAUUUUCGAGAGCAUGUUCCGGUCUCUGCCGGUGCUGACGGUGCCGCGCUGCGGGGGGAUUCUGGCGGCGCCUCCGACCGCGGCGGCCGCGUCCGCGUCACCGGCGCGGUCGGACUCCCUCCUGUCGCAGAUCAUCUCGCCCUCGACCACGUUGAACGGCGGCGGAGGCGUCGGCGCGUCGUCCCGGCGACACAUGACUGGCACGCUCUUCGGCUGCCGCGAGGGCCGCGUGUCGCUCGCGCUGCAGGAGAACCCGCGGUGCCGCCCGGCGCUCGUGGUAGAGCUGGCGCUCCCGACGCACACCCUGCUCCGCGAGCUCGGCGGCACGGCCGGCGCCCGCAUCGUGCUGGAGACCGAGAAGAAGCACGUGGAGGAGCACAGCAGCUCCGGCGGCGGCGAACAUGGCGACGCCGCGGCGAGGCAGCACGACGACGACGACGGGUGGCUGCUCCAUGAGCCGAUCUGGACCAUGUUCUGCAACGGCAGGAGGGUGGGCUACGCGGUGCGGCGGGAGCCGACGGGCGGCGACAUCGCGGUGCUGGAGACGCUCUGGGCCGUGUCCAUGGGCGGCGGCGUGCUCCCCGGGAGGGCAGGCUCGGCCGCGUCUGACGGGGAGCUGGCGUACAUGCGGGGUUGCUUCGAUCACAUCAUCGGGUCCGAGGACUCGGAGUCGCUGUACAUGCUCGGGCCGCAUGGCGGCGACAGCCCGGAGCUGGCCGUCUUCUUCGUUAGGCUUUGAGCCCAUCGAUCGUCUGCCUCUCCCUCUCUCUUGGUCGAACACUUCGUGUACAUACACAUUGAUACAAAACGGGACGCGUGAAUGCUUGGACGUUGACGAUCAUCUCUUUUGAUUUC